ACAGCUAAACAGAGAACCUCGAAAAUGCUUUUCCGUUGCACACAGCGCUUCGUGCCACUUCAUCCUCUCGGUCUCGCUCUGCGACACUUUGCCACGGCCGAGAAGAGCGCUCUGGCCGCACUGCGCAAAAAGACCGGCUACACGUUCGCCAACUGCAAGAAAGCCCUCGAGCUGCAUGGAAAUGAUCCUGCGAAGGCAGAACAGUGGCUCCGGGAGCAAGCACAAGCGAUGGGCUGGUCUAAAGCGACCAAACUCGAGGGACGUAGCACGGUACAGGGUUUGAUCGGAGUGCUGGUACAACGUAACGUCGGUGCGAUGGUGGAGGUAAACUGUGAGACAGAUUUCGUCGCACGUAACGCCAGCUUUCAGCGCUUCGUUCAAACGGCUUCGGCCGCCUGCGUACGCCAUCUAGCACACGUGGAACCGGACAGCAACCUCACGAAAGUGGGCCUCAACGGGGAAGCACUGAAACAGAUUGUGCUCGACGAUGGCAAAUCACUUGGCGAUCAUUUGGCCCUCGUAAUCGGUACGGUUGGUGAGAAUGCCACCCUGAACCGUGCCAUUUGCUUCAAAGCACCGGAGAACAUUCAAUUGACGGGUUACGUACACCCAGCACCGAAUGAAGAAAUUCCCCUGGACGUUCCCCAGGUUGGCAAGUACGGUAGCUUGAUGGCAUUCCGCGCCGAACAGUCAUCUGCGGAUGGGGGCGAAGGUGAAGAUGCGGCUCUCGUGGCACGCAAAGUUUGCCAACACAUUGUCGGUAUGAAACCGGAACGGAUCGGAGAGCAGGGCAAGGAUGAACCUGCCGCUGAUAAGGAUGAUGAAACGUGUCUGAUCCACCAGGAGUAUCUAGUCGAUCCGAGUUUCACUGUCGGUGAAGUACUGGAAGCUAACCGGUUACAGAUCAUCGAUUUCCAACGUUUCGAGUGUGGCGAAAAGAGUAAAUCGGACGAACAAAAUGAACGGGCGGUCGAUUAGAAACUGAAUGGUGGGCCCGGCAUGAUGUAGAGAAUCCAGUGUACCAUUGUUCUGAAUCACGUUAAUAAGGGCGGUUCUGAAUCGUGAGGCAACGUUAGGCCGAGAUGAAUUAAAAGCGGUUGUAGCCCAAUUUGCCGCAUGUUGUAACCGGAUAAUUAUGACGCAUUUUUAACUAAAAAGUAGCAUUUGCAUCCGAAAGAAAUGAACUAAUGACCAGUGGGUUAAUGACCGGCCUUGUGCUUUGUUGUUAAUAACCGUAGAGAGAGAGCAAAAACUGCACUGUUUUGAAAUGUUAACAACCUACAGAACCACACUCGAGUAUUUAGCGGCAACGGCGAGAAAAAAAACGGGUAAAAAUGUGUCCCAGGG